CGGCGCCACUGGGCACUAUCGAUAACUUUCUUCGAUAAGUCGAGAAUUUUAGAAAAAUACAAAAUAUGGACGUCACUGUGUUGGCGAUUGUCGCUGUUAUAAUUGCACUUUUGAUUGUCGCUUGCACGGUGUUCUUGCAACAAAGAUCCGGUACAAAGAAGAAACAGACCGACGUAUCGGAGAGAGUUCUGCAAGGCAGGCCAGUGAGGCGAACCGCUGGACAAAGAAAUGCUAGACGUCGUAUGCAAGCGAGCGUCGUUCCGCAGACGAACGAAGACGAAGAUGUGUCUGGAAACGAGGGUAAUGACGAGGCUGACGAGAAACCAGAUAUAUCCGAUCAGAAGAUAGGCGCGAAGAAACGAGCAAAAUUGGCAGCCAAAGCAGAGAAGAAGGUACAGAGGGAAGCAGCCGAGCAGGAAAGAGAAGAGCGUAAAAAACGGGAGCAACUGUACCAAGAACAGAGGGACAAAGAAUACGAGAAGGAACGCGAGGAGGAAUUAAAACAGCAAGAAGCAGAAAAGAAAGCCAGAGAGGAGCAGGAGAAGAAAGACCAUGAGGAAUAUUUGAAAAUGAAAGAAGCAUUUAGCGUAGAGGAUGAAGGCUAUGAGCAGGAGGAACAAGAAGACGAAGAGAAUUUAUUGGAAGCAUUUGUCGAACAUAUUAAAAAGAAUAAAGUAGUAGUUCUAGAAGAUCUGGCUGCCACCUUUGGGUUGAAGACAGCAAACGUGGUGGAAAGAAUUCAAGCAUUACAAACGAGCGGUAGUUUAACAGGAAUAAUCGACGAUCGAGGGAAAUUUAUUUAUAUCUCGCAGCAGGAACUCGAAGAUGUCGCGAAGUUCAUAAAACAGCGCGGUAGGAUCAGCAUCACCGAAUUGGCGGAAAAUUCCAAUCGAUUGAUAAACCUAACUCCCGAAAAUAAACGAAGUAUAGUGGAAGCUAGAUAGACUUACAUUUUUAUUAUAAUUAAUUGCAAUUGUAAAUUAUUAAUUUCAAGUUAAUUACUUUUUAAGAUGACCGAAGAAGAAAGGAUCAAAAGCAUUAAAUUUUAAUUCUUUUGUUUGUACAAA